AAGUCUAUGCCGCUUAUAUUCCCGGAGUCGCGGUUACUAUACAUACAAACAUUGAAGAUAUUCUUUGACAAAAUAAAUUUACUUGGAAUAUUCAGGCUAAAAUACACAGAAAAUUAAAAGAUGAGAAAUUUCCGUUACUUUUGUUGUGUAUGCAAAUUCUAAAAUACACAGAGAUCGGUUCAAUACAGGGUUUGCGUGCUUUAAUUAUAAGAAAAUUGCUGUCUUUUGGUGGUAAUGUCUGUCUGAUUCCUGUAAAAAGAUGAUUUGAACCCUUCCUCCACUGCAAUGAAUUCACUAUACCAAUACAAAGUUUGAAGCAAUUUUAAGGGAUUUCUUCAUUUCUGGAGAAAGUCGAUUAUCUUUGUAAGGGAGGCUUGAAAAAGGUUGGAGCUUUCUGUACAAUGGUUGGAAUGAAAGGGGAAGUACAAUUAGAGCCUUCUAACGAACAAGAAGUGGGUGAUGUGGACUCAGUUCCUCUUCUUCAGCCACCUGCAAUUGUAUCUGCCGAGAAGGAUAGUGAAAUCCAUGAUGAAGAGAGCGAUACCUCAUCAGCUGCUUGUUGCCGUAUUUGCCUUGAGAUGGAGGGCUCCGAUCCAGGAGAUGAAUUGAUCUCUCCUUGCAUGUGCAAAGGCACUCAACAAUUUGUUCAUCGUUCAUGCCUUGACCACUGGCGAUCAGUAAAGGAAGGUUUUGCAUUCUCACAUUGCACAACCUGUAAAGCACAGUUUCAUCUGCGGACUGAAAUACCGGAGGAUUACUCUUGGCGUAAGCUGAAGUUUAGGAUUUUUGUUGCACGUGAUGUCCUCCUUGUGUUUUUGGCAGUGCAAACAACAAUUGCUGUUAUGGGCAGUAUUGCAUACCUGAUGGACACAAAUGGGGAGUUCAGAAAUUCUUUCAGUGAUGGAUGGGAUCGACUGUUGUCCAAGCACCCAAUACCAUUCUACUAUUGUUUUGGAGUUUUUGUUUUCUUUGUAAUCCUGGGUAUUGGAGGUCUGAUAGUGCAUUGUUCAUCAGUCAACAACAAUGAUCCAUGUAUGGCAGGAUGCCGCAAUUGUUGUUAUGGAUGGGGUAUUUUGGACUGUUUUCCAGCAUCCAUGGAAGCAUGUGGUGCACUCCUAGUUAUUUUUGUGAUUAUUUUUGCGAUCCUUGGCAUUGCCUAUGGGCUGCUAGCAGCAACAAUGGCAAUUCAAAGGAUAUGGCAAAGGCACUAUCACAUACUGACAAAGAGGGAACUGACAAAGGAAUAUGUUGUUGAAGAUCUGCAUGGACACUACACGCCUCCUAAGCUAGAGCCAGAACAUGAAGAACGUCUGAAAGCCUUGAAGCUCCUAUAGGUCCAUUUGAGAAUCAAUAUGAUGUGUGUACCACUUUGAUAUUUUAUUUUCUUCCUUGGCAUUGCUGGUAAUUGGCACAAGUAUCUUCAGAUAUGUUUGUCUGUGCCUAUCAAGCAUGCAUAAGUCUGCACCUAUAGUAAGCCCGAGAAUGGACUACUCUAUGAUGGUAAGUUUACUCCAAUUAUUCAGUUUUCACCUACAGAUUGAUGGUUUCUUAUUCGCCUUCAUUGGGACUGUAGAUCAAGGCAAUAUGCCGGUAUUAAUUUUGAUAUCAAGGCUUCACCACUGCAUUGUUAACAUUGGCAUCCAAGGCAUGGUGCUUCUAAUCUAUUUUCUUCUGUAGCUAUUUUGGAUGUUUUAAGAGUACAGCAAUCAAUCAAUGUCACAGGUGUUUAUAAAAAUUGAUUGAAACAUAUUUAUUAUAUUGGACA